GAAACCACAUGAAUUUUCUUCCUACUUUCAGAGCGCAAAGUUCAAAAAAAUUUAAAAAAUUCAUUAACUCGUCUUUAGCUGGAGAGCUGUAUGACUGAAACAAGGCUGCUCUUUGUUGGCCUCACCCUAGCCUAACGCGAGGACCCUUAACCUCUGACCCAAAAUGGCAGCGCGCAGAGCAUAGCUCUUGCCUCUCUGAGGUGAAGAUUGAGGAUCCCACAUCAUGUCGAAGCUAAGCCGGGUCACUCGGGGCCUCAAGAAGCCCGAGCCCAGCAACAAUGUGAUCCGGGCCAUCUUGCGAGCAGGCCAAGCUGUACCUGGGCCGCCACUAGGUCCUAUCCUGGGUCAGCGAGGUGUCUCUAUCAACCAGUUCUGCAAAGAGUUCAACGAGAAGACAAAGGACAUCAAAGAAGGCAUUCCCCUGCCCACAAAGAUUCUUAUAAAGCCGGACAGGACGUUUGAGCUCAAGAUUGGGCAGCCCACUAUCUCCUAUUUUUUGAAGGCAGCUGCUGGGAUUGAGAAGGGAGCCCGGCAAACAGGGAGAGAAGUGGCAGGCCUGGUGAGUUUGAAGCACAUCUAUGAGAUUGCCUGUGUCAAAGCUAAGGAUGAUGCUUUUGUCCUGCAAGAUGUUCCCCUGUCUUCCGUUGUCCGUUCCAUCAUUGGCUCUGCCCGCUCCCUGGGCAUUCAGGUGGUGAAGGACCUCACUGCAAAAGAUCUGGCAGCUUUCCAGAAGGAGCGAGCUGUGUUUUUGGCUGCUCAGAAAGCAGCAGAUUUGGAAGCCCUGAAAGAAGCUACCAAGAAGUGACCCCAGCCUUCCACGCUCUGGGACCCCGGCCUUCAACACUCUGGGAUUUUGAGGCAAGAGACUGAAGGGGUCCCACUGAGAGAGCCAAGCCAAAGGAGAGGAAGGCACUUCAUGGCAGCAUGAUUUAUAGUUUCCCAACUUAUACUUUUAUACGUAUGGUUGUGCCAAGGGACCGAGCCUAAGUAAACAUCCAUUCUCAGCUUCUCCUCUGAGACCCUAGAGGUGGGGACUGACACUGACAGUCACCACACUUCCCAGGUGUGAGCUGCCCCACAGGUGAACACAGGCUCGGCCAAGCAGGUUGCCAUGCCUAGGGCCUUAGUCAGAAGGACCAGAGCUUGGUACUUAAUAAAGAUACAAUAUUUA